GGGGGACUGUCACGUGUUCCCGAGGCGCUUCUAAAACCUUGGUGCCUCCGAGCCCCUCCUUCCCCACCUCCGCCUCCAGGUCCUGCUCCUGCCGCUGCCUCCGCAGCCACCGCGAGCACAAGACAAGCGGCCGCGCUCAGUCGCGCAUCGCAUCCCGGAGUCCAGGCACCCACGGCGCCCGGGCCAUCCCGAGCAGGACUCUAGUAUGGAUUUUGAAUUUGAAGAACAUUUUAACAAGACAUUUGUCCCAGAGAACAAUACCGCUGCUGCUCAGAAUGCUGCCUUCCCUGUCUGGGAGGACUACAGAGGCAGUGUGGAUGAUUUACAAUACUUUCUGAUUGGGCUCUAUACAUUUGUAAGUCUUCUUGGCUUUAUGGGAAAUCUACUUAUCUUAAUGGCUGUUAUGAAAAAGCGCAAUCAGAAGACUACAGUGAACUUUCUCAUAGGCAACCUGGCCUUCUCCGAUAUCUUGGUAGUGCUAUUUUGCUCACCUUUCACCCUCACCUCUGUCUUGUUGGAUCAGUGGAUGUUCGGCAAAGCCAUGUGCCAUAUUAUGCCUUUCCUUCAGUGUGUGUCAGUUCUGGUUUCAACUCUGAUUUUAAUAUCAAUUGCCAUCGUCAGGUAUCACAUGAUAAAGAACCCCAUAUCUAACAAUCUAACGGCAAACCAUGGCUACUUCCUCAUAGCUACUGUCUGGACACUGGGCUUUGCCAUCUGUUCUCCCCUUCCUGUGUUUCACAGUCUUGUGGAACUGAAGGAAACCUUUGGCUCAGCACUGCUGAGCAGCAAGUAUCUGUGUGUUGAGUCAUGGCCCUCUGACUCAUACCGACUUGCUUUCACAAUCUCUUUAUUGUUAGUUCAGUAUAUCUUGCCUUUAGUGUGUCUAACAGUAAGUCAUACCAGUGUCUGCCGGAGCAUAAGCUGUGGAUUGUCCCACAAAGAAACCAGACUGGAGGAAAACGAGAUGAUCAACUUAACUCUUCAGCCAUCCAAGAAGAGCAGGAGCCAGGCAAAACCCCCAAGCAGCCAAAAGUGGGGCUACUCCUUCAUCAGAAAGCAUCGAAGGAGAUACAGCAAGAAGACGGCAUGUGUGCUACCUGCUCCAGCAGGACCUUCCCAGGAGAACCGCCCAACAGUUGCACAAAACCUGGGCUCAGUCAGAAGUCAGCUGUCUUCAUCCAGUAAGGUCAUUCCAGGGGUCCCAAUCUGCUUUGAGGUGAAAGCCGAAGAAAACUCAGACGCCCAUGAGAUGAGAGUCAAGCGUUCCAUCACUAGGAUAAAGAAGAGAUCUCGGAGUGUUUUCUACAGACUGACCAUAUUGAUACUCGUGUUCGCCGUGAGCUGGAUGCCACUUCACCUUUUCCACGUGGUGACUGAUUUCAAUGACAACCUUAUUUCUAAUAGACAUUUCAAGCUGGUGUACUGCAUUUGUCACUUGUUAGGCAUGAUGUCCUGCUGUCUUAAUCCGAUCCUAUAUGGAUUCCUUAACAACGGGAUCAAAGCAGACUUGAGAGCCCUUAUACACUGCCUACAUGUGUCAUGAUUGUCUUCAUUUGCUAACGAGAAAAGAAAUGUGGAGACUGUCUACAAUACAUCUGUGCUAUGUAUAUGUUUAAUUUACAUAAAAGUGUUAUGGAUCUGAAUGCCGGCUCAUUAUGUAAGAUUAUUUUAAUGUUACACUAUGGUUAAUUCAGCUAUUGUACAGGGUCAGUGUUAAUCUAAUCUGUAAUUUCAUGUUUUGAAGUAGCUACAUUCCUUCCAUUUCAUGUCAGUGGUCGUAAGUGGGUGGUACUUUUCGUUUAGUGUAAAAGUUAUAGCUAACCAAACCGGUAUUUUGUAUAAAAAUGUAAGAAGCAAAAAGGUUGUCCCAAAGAAUACUUAGCUACAGAUUUAAGGAAUUUCUGUUAUCUAGAUAUUCUCAUUUCUAUUGCACAGGCUUCUUAACAUUUUUAAAAGGUACAAAAAUAUUUAAUAUGCCCAAAACACCAGGAUUCUUUUACAGAUGUACGUAUAAAACAUAA